UAAUGGUAGCGCCAAUUUUGUUUUCCCGCCCAUGCUUUUCCAAAAACGUCGACGUUUCUGGUCUCUUCUUCAACCUUUCUUCCUUAAUUAUUUCCUUCCUGUGUUUUCUGCAACAAACCCUCAUCGUUUUCUUUUCUCUUUCUUCUACUCUCUCUCUCUCUCUCUUCCCUCUGAAAUGGAAUAUGAUCAAAACCCAAUUGAUCUAAUUACGGACUACCACAAAACCCAGCGAAUAGUGUUUCUCAUAGACCUAAACCCACUUCUCCAUCUCCAAAACCCAGCUCCAUUCAUCAACUGCCUCCUCUCUUCCACAAAAACCUUCCUCUCCUUUAAACCCAUCUCAUCCUCUCUCUUCGCCUUCAAGCUCUUCUUCUCCUCUCUCUCUCCCUUGCUUUCUUCCUCCAAGCUCCACCCUUUUCUCUCUCAUUCAUCGCGCUCUCUCUCUUUUGACCGACCCAUCCCCACUUUCAAUUCCCUAUCCCAAACCCUCAAUUCUCUACCAUCGUUCCAUGCGAACCCAUUGCCGGAUUCUUCGCCUCGGGCUUCUUGCCUCGCCGCUUCGAUGCGCCAGCUUCUGCACGACUACGCGUGGGACUCCGUAAUCGACGACGAUCGUAUAGCCGGUACCGUUUUAGUGAGGUCUAACUUGGUUGUUCUGUUUUCGCAGUGUUGUAGGUCUUUGAAGUGUUUGUCUGAGUUCUUGAAUGUGGGAAUGAAUGAUGAAUGCUUGGAAAAUGCGAGUGUUUUCAAUGAGAGUUUUUGUGCUUUGUUUUCAAAUGUGAAUGAUGCUUUUCUUAGUAGAGAUAUUCAAUUUAGUUGGGUUGAUGUUAGAUAUGGAAUUGAGUGUGGGGAGGACGAGAUUGGGAUUCAUGAAUCUGAAUCGAGCUUUGGGUUCCUUAAGGGUGGUAUUAGCAGUUUGGGAUGGGGGUUUUGCUCCACCAGUUCCAUUGUUCUUGGUUCUAGUCUUGUUCCUUUUGGUUUGAUUUAUCCAAAGAUUCUGAUUUCGUCAAACAUUUUUUGUUUUGGUGGUAAUUUUUCUGAGAAACUUCAAGUGCAAUUGAGUCUAGAGAUAUUAGAUGUUACUCAGAAGCCUUUGGAAUGUAAGUGCGGUGAUCUUGAAUUUAUUGAUUUGAAUUUGCCUAGAAAUAAUAGAUCUGAAGAUGAUUAUAUUAUGGUAAUCCCAGAAAUGAAGAGUUCUGGAAAAGUUGGUAAUGAAUUGAAGAAAACAUUGUGGUCAACUUUUGGUGAUGGUGUGAAAAAGCUCCAAAUUAAGGCUUUGCGAUUGUGUGUUGAAUUUGAGAAAUUCAAGGGGCAACUCUCUGAUCCUAUUCUUGUCCGUGAAUGUUUGGGAAAAACUGGGAAAGAUCAGAAAGGAAGUUCUAGUGAGCAUUUAGCAGAUAAGGUUCUUGAAAUGCUAGCUAUUGAAUUAGGUGAAUUCGUGCCAAGAAAAUCUACACCCAUUUGGCAGAUUCUUUUGAGUUUUCUUUAUAGGGAAGGUUACUGGGCCUUGGUGUCUCUUUCAAAUCACUGUGGUGAUUCUCGUCUGGGAAUCCUUAAGCCUUUUACUGUGUCUUCUGCUCUGCUAUUUAUUUUAGAUGAUGGAUUCGAUUCUCAGAUGAUGCUGCAUGAGUUGGAUGGAGCAAAAGAUUCUCAAUUUUGUAGAAAAAUGAAUCUUGAGAUUUCCGAACCCAACACAGAUUUAAAGCCAUCAUAUGGGCCAUCGCCAUCGGCAAAAUGUUCUGAAGACCGGGAUGGAAAAAAGAAAGGUAAAAGACAACAGAAACUACUUCAGGACAUCACGUGGACUGCCUUUUGUAAGGCUGCAUUUAAACAUUCUGAGCUAAAAUUGGAAGAAGUUUACUUUGCCGGGGGAUGCACUAGCUCAAAAAAGUUGAAAUUUCUGAAAUGCUGGAUGAGGCAGACUAAGAAAUCUAGCUGCUCUAACCCAAUUUUAGAGGAAAAUUCAAAGCCACAUCCCGAUCUUCCAGAGGAAGUAGAUGACAGGUUGCCUGAGUUGCACCAAGAAAACGAACAGCCAAUUUCUUCAUCUGCUUCGGCUGGAGAAAAUUUCAUGACUGAGAAUUCUAGAAUUCAGGAUGAAGCUGCUGCUGAAUUUCGGGCAGAGAAUCCAGAAGCUUUUCUCAGUAAUUUAUCCAGUAAGAUCAUACAAGGACUUGAAUCUGAAGGAGUAGACUUGAGGGCUUUUGCUCAGCGACUUGUUAGUUCAUCUAUAUAUUGGCUAAGUAGAAAAUUAGAGAUAGAAACUAAUUCAGAGAGUCAAACUUCAGGUAAAACUAAAGAUAAUGGAGGGUUUUUUACUGCUGAAUUGUUUAAGCUCUUACUUAGAGAUCCCAAGGACUUGAUUGCAAAGAACAAAAGUAAUGAUCCAUCCUUUCAGGCACCUGACCCCGGUUCUGCUUCAGAAAAAAUAGUUAGAGAAUAUGAAUUACAGAUUUUGUUCCGGAUGGAAAUACUACAAUCAGAGGUUGCAGAGUAUAUUGGAGAGUCUAUGAAACAGAAGUUUGUGAAACAGAUUUGCUCGCUCUUAGAGACCAUCCAGUGCCAUCUGGAGGGAGGCUUUUUUGGUGACUGGAGCUUAGAUAAUUAUGUGGGAAAGAUAAUAAAAGCGAGGUAUUGUGACACCCUCGGAGAUGUAGUUAACAAAAUCUAUAAAAGAAUGGAUCUGUUGCUGUUCGCAGAUGAGGAUGAACUUCCAAAUCGAUUACUCAACAGUGAAGAUAGCAAUCAGUCCUGGAAACAAAAUCCAGCAAGAGAUGAACUGGGUGAAAAUCAUAGAAUUACUGAACCAGUGUCAGCAGAUGGUGAGUCCCAUAAGCCGCUAGAAGAUGACAAUGCAAGUGUCAAAAUGAUCACAAAAGAUGACCAUGCUCGCAAAUUAAUUAAAGCUCGAGAAAGAAGAGAGAGGGCUCGGAGAUUCUCUUCUUUUACUAGUUGGGUGCCUGAUUUGCAAAGAGUUUGGGCACCAAAACAGCCGAAGGUAAUGAAACCAAACUGGAAUCCUCUCCGAAAGCACUCAAAGAGGAAGAAGGACCGUGGAGUGGCAAGCUAUGACACAGUAUGUGAGACCCCAAUGACAGGGAAGGAAAAUUCAAGCCGACGUCGCAGCUGUAUUGAUGAUGAAGAAGAUUACCAAGGUUAUAAUAAUAAUAAUCAUCAGCCAUGUUCCUCUGUUUCCAAGGCCCUGUUUCAAGACCCCUGCUAAACUGGAGCAGCCUAACCGCCCAACACUUUUCGAUCUACUAUGAAUGAGAGGGGCGACCUUCACAAAGAUUACAUACAAGCUUAGUUAGUGCCAGGCAUUCUUCAAACUGGCAAAUUUGAAAUACUGGUUCACUCAUCCUAACCACUAUACGUUUCUUUCAACUGUAAUUCAAAACCCUUUUUUUUUUUUUUUUGUUUUUGUUUUUUUGGUUAGAUUAUUUGCUCAUUUCAUGUAUCUUAGUAUUGUUGACAAUGAUAGAUAUAAUAAAAGGAUUGUUGUAAUUUUUAA